UAACUUUAAAGGAUUGAUUGUUUAUCAUAUUGUGCGGGUAUCGUGCUACUGGAAAGAAAAGCCUCAAGUCAGAUGAUUCUUGGGGGGUAUUUCGGGAGGUUUCGAUGCGAUCCUGUGUACGAGUAUAAAUUGCGGAGAGCACAUCCGCCGCCAAUAUCAUACCUCAGGUCGUAGACUGUCCGGCGACCGCACUUCCAGAAUCCAGCGGAUGAGGUGGGUGGGUCAUGGGUCAUGGGUCAUGACACAAACCUUAGUGAAGUGAGGCUCUUUUGAACAGUUUGCCAAAUAGCAGGGCCACAGCUUAACAUUUCUUCCUGCCCCACCUUCAACCCACUCUUCCAUCCAUAGUAGUCACUAUCCGUUCACCUGCCCCAGGGUACUCAACCCCCUAAUCCUUCUCCCGUUGUCUGUAUCCCGCUCUCCUGCACCUCAGGAAAAUAUUUUUCCCUUCCUCCUCUGCUAGCAUUCCCUGGGACUUGGCUUCCGGUCUCGUGGCAUAGCGGAUUCCACUGGGUAAAAAAAAAAAAUUGAGAAGGGCAAGCAAGCACAAGAAACGCUUUUUUCCAUGCGUAACCUCCUUACCAUCGAGCGCUCCGUCGCUGGCACCACUUCCACCGACGUUCCAGACCUCCCCCUCUCUGCUAUCGCUUGGGGUGGAUCUGAAGAUUCACUCAUAUGUACUCAUGGCCCUUCUAAGGCCGAAGCUGCCGUUGAACUGAAACGUGUUAACGUGGGAUUCGAAUCGUCGUCUAGAUCGAUUUUCUUGUUGCGUUGCAAGGAGGCAUUUGCUGAUUCUGUUCAAAAAUAGAAGAAUGGCCAAUCGGUUCCCAUCGCAUCGUGGGAUGCCUCUCCCUGUCCAUCGCCAUCGUUGCCCUGCGAUCGCAUUCUCGCCCUGCAUUAUUUCCCUGAUACGUUCUCAACCUGCGUAAUAUUCGCUGCAGGUGAUAUUGUGGUCGUUCAGGAAGACCCCACCCCCGGAGUUAACAAAAUUGAAAUAGUUGGAUCAGUUGAUGAAGGGAUAACCGCUGCAGCAUGGUCUCCUGAUGAAGAAAUUUUAGCCAUUACCACUGGUGCAUCAACCUUUCUUCUCAUGACACGGGGGUUCGAACCCAUUGCCGACGUCAUCCUUUCGCCGAAUGAUCUUAGCGCUUCAAAACAUGUCUCUGUGGGAUGGGGGAAAUCAGAGACCCAGUUUAAAGGGAAACGGGCGAGGGCUAUGAAAGAUCCGACUGUUCCUGAGAAGGUUGACGGCGGCGUUCUCAGCCCCCACGAUGAUAACGGCACGAGGAUUAGUUGGAGGGGAGAUGGUGAAUAUCUCGCAUUGUCCUCUGUGGAGGACUCGAAGAGGAGGGUCAUUCGAGUUUACAGCAGAGAUGGCUCCCUGGAUAGUGUCAGCGAACCUGUUGAUGGUUUGGAGGGGCCCCUGAGUUGGAGGCCAGCUGGAAACCUUAUGGCUGGCAUCCAACGCUUCCCCGAGAGACUUGAUGUUGCCUUUUUUGAGCGAAACGGUCUCCGACACGGAGAAUUCACGCUAAGGAUACCAACGGAUAAAGUCUCCGAUGAGAAAAUACUGGAAUUACUGUGGAGUUCUGACUCCUCGGUACUGGCCGUUUGUUUCGAGGGCAGAGCGCAGUUGUGGAGCAUGGGUAACUAUCAUUGGUAUCUCAAGCAGGAAUUAGUAUAUCCCGAGGGAUAUCACGUAGCGCAGCGUAAUUUGUGUGUGAAAUGGCAUUCUGAAAAGCCGUUGCGACUUGCGUUCGGACUGGGUGGUAUGCCGUUUCAUUGAUUCUUGUAGCGGGCACUAUCACUGAUAGAACCGAUUAGAGAGUAUUAUCAGUUACGAAUUCUCCUGGUCCGUGUUUGCGGGCACUUCGAGAUCACCAGAUGAUUAUGGUGUCCUAGCAUCUGUAGACGGAAGUAUGCGAAAGAAAACCCCCACAAGAGUGCCCCUGAUUAUGACGUGUGUUGCUUAUGAUGAAUGGAUCUAGCUACCCUCAAGCUUACACCGUUGCGUGUUGCCAAUAUUCCACCACCAAUGGCGCUCAAAGAAGUAGAACUCAAGUCUACUCCGGUGGAUGUAGCUAUUAGUCCUAGUGGACGCCUUAUCGCAGUCCUUAGAGAUAAGGCGUUGGAUUUGAUUCGAUGGGAUUUUGCCAGAAACAAACUCGUUUCGGGUCCAAUCCUCACCUCAAAUAUCGUGGAGUUUGACCCUGGCCAAUACCCCCGUCAGAUUUCUUUCGCGGAUGAUGAGACGUUAGGAGUGGUCCGUGAUAUCGGGGUGGGCAGCGUGUUGAAAGUGAUAUCAAUUCCAAACGAUGGACAAGGGAUUUCGAAAUGCACACACGAGUUUCAAAACGGUGCUACCGCUGUGCGGCUAGGAGGUGUACCGGGCCGUAGAACUCUUUUCUAUCAGGAUAGCGAACGAAAUGUUUAUUUCUAUGACACGGAGGACAGGUCCGAGAAAUAUAUCACACAACUCCCGGCUAUUUGUCCCUGGUUAGAAAUAGGCUUCCAUCAAGUAAGCGUCCGUAUAUAUAUAUAUAUAUAUUGUGCAUCCCUUGCUCUAACAACCAGUAAGGAAAUGGUCUUUGGUCUCUCUGGUGAUGGCCGACUCUACGUUAAUUCUAAACCCAUAGCUUCGAACUGCACGUCAUUUGCGAUUACCCCAACCCAUUUGGUAUAUACAACAACACGGCACUUCGUCAAGUUUGUGCACUUGCACGACAGUUAUCAAGGUAUGCCAACGGCCGGUUGAGAUAUUCCGGGCUAACAUAAUUAACGACUAGAGUUGGAUAUACCGGGAGAUGAGCCAAGUGGCGAUGAGCGCUGCCGAACCAUCGAGAGAGGCGCCCGAUUGGUACAAGUAAUGCCAACUAAAUUUGCCUUAACUUUCCAGAUGCCACGAGGGAACUUGGAAACAAUAUACCCUCGCGUUUUAGUGCUGGCGGGAGUUAGGAGGAGUAUUGAAGCUAAGGACUACCUUCCAGCAUUUUUGGCGUGCAGAAAUCAUCGGGUGGAUCUCAAUAUCAUACAUGAUCAUGCACCCAGGCAGUUUAUUGAGCUGGUUGAGCUGUUUAUAGAUCAGGUCAAGACAAUUGAAUACAUUGAUUUGUUUUUGUCCCAAUUAAGGCAAGCUUUCCGUAAUUGGCUAAUAUAAGAUAGUAAAACCAGUUCUCUGCUGACAGUGGACCACAGGGAAGAAGAUGUUUCAAAAACGAUGUACCGGGAGACCUUGAAAUCGGCUGAGGCCCCGGAGCGACCCAAUCAGAUAGGCUCUAUUAAUAGUCCCAAAUCGAAGGUGAAUACAAUAUGUGAUGCUUUUCUUAAUGUUCUAUUACCAAAGCGGCUCUCGAGCAACCUUCAAAACAUCGUCACCGCCUAUGUUUGCAAAACACCGCCCGACCAUGACGCGGCGCUACUACUGAUCGGGGAUCUUCGGGGUAUGUUCGUGUCUGAGGUGUAUUGUCCAGGUAUGCUGAAUUUUCAAAGCGAAAAACCCCGAGCUUGCCGAAGAGGCAGUCCAACAUGUUUGCUUCUUAUCCGAUGUGAAUGGGCUCUACGACAAUGCUCUAGGGCUCUACGAUCUUGAGCUCACACUCAUGGUGGCCCAGCAAUCCCAAAAGGUAGGUGCUGUUGGCUGAGGUAUCUUUGGACAUGGCACUAAUUACAGCGUAGGACCCCCGGGAAUAUCUACCAUUCUUACAGAAGCUUCAAGAGAUGGAAGCCACACGGCGUAAAUUCACAAUCGACGAUCACCUCAAUAGACCCGCAAAGGCCUGUGUUCGCUUGCACGAAAUUGGUGAUGAGGUAUUUGGCGAAAUGAAGAACUAUGUUGUGAAACACGAGCUCUAUUCGACGGCUCUAGGAUUGUGCAAAUACAGCCCCGACAAGUUACAGGCAUGCUAUCCGAUUUUUCUGGAGUAAUCGGCGCCACUGACUAGGGUAGGUGAUCAUGAGCUUGUAUGCGAAUUUUCUUGAAGAAGUCUCGAGAUAUCAGGACGCAGGAUUGGGUGGGUUGCAACCGGAUCCAGAUGUGUACGAGUGAGAACUUAUGUUUGUGACAGCGUACGAAUCUCUUGGAGACUAUCCACGGGCGACCCAAUGCUACCGUCACGCUGGACUGUGGCAAGAAGCUCUCUUCUCCGCCACUCAGGUUCCAUACUCAGCGGAGGACCUUGAAGAACUUAGUUUAUCUCUCGCUGAUGCUCUUUGUGAGUCGAAGGACUAUCAGAGCGCUGCUGAAAUCCACAUGGAUCACCGUAAUGACUUAGAAGAAGCGGCUAAAAUACUUUGCAGGGGCUGUCAUUUUAGCGAGGCAAUGAGAUUGGUAACUGGUAUUCUUAUCUGUAAAUUAUUCUGUCAACUAAUAAGAAAUUAGGUUGGCAAACACGGCAAAUUAGAGCUUCUAACCACUGUGGUGGAUCCUGGCUUGGCAGAGGGCUUUGCGCAAACAUCGGAAUUGAUAGCGGAAUGCAAGAGACAGCUGAAGGCACAACUAAAUCGUAUUCACGAGCUACGUACAAAGAAGCAAGAGAAUCCAUGUGAGUAUCCUUUCUAUCCACUUUCGAGAUAUUAAGCUAACCGCACCUCUAGUGGCCUACUUUGAUAGCGUGGCGGAGGAAGACGCUCCGGAUAACGUCUCUUUAGCUCCAACUAAUGCCUCAACAUCUGCAUCUCUCUUCACAAGGUACACAUCCGGCGGCGCACAAACCGCCAUGACGGGGGCUACCCGCCGUACCUUUAAGAACCGCCGGCGCGAAGAGCGCAAGCGUGCUCGUGGUAAGAAGGGUAGUGUGUAUGAGGAAGAGUAUCUGGUUAGCUCAAUCGGCCGUAUGGUUGAAAAGCUUGACUCGGUAAGGGGUGAGACCAAGAAGCUACUGGAGGGCCUUAUCCGCAGAAGGAUGAGGGAGAGGGCCAUCGCGUUGCAGACAUUGAUGGAGGAGGUGUUGGCUAGUUUGGAGGGGUGUGUCCAGGAGGUCUUUGAAGAGGCCGGGGAAGUGAUCAACCCGGAGGCCGGCGUCGAAGGAGGCGGGAGAAGAGCAGCCCCAAUCAUUAAAAAAUUCGACGGGGUGGGAAUAUUGUAAAUUUUUUCUACAUGUGUGGUGCCACAUCCGAACAUUAAAUGGCUAGCGGUAGCCCUCAUAGCCUUCCAAUCCAUAGCGUAUAGUGAUAAUCGAUGAUCCUGGUAAUAAACCACCUUCAAAAGUCAAAAACUGCACCAGUGCUAUCCAGCAAUGCUAUCGCCCUUAGAAACCACAGAUACCAAAUCAAACGAGCACAAACAGCACCCAAACGCAUGCCCAAAAUCGCGCCCAGUGCUCUACCUCAACUACGGUAUAUUCGUCGAUC